AUGAAUAUCAAGAAUUUCCGUGGACUCUUACCGGAUUUCAAUGGCAUCAUAUGCAUUGACGUCCCCAUUGUAAAAGCUGGCGCUUUCGAGUUCUUCACCUCAUACUACGACCUUCCACCUUUCGCUACUACAGAGCAACGGACGUCCCAGCACACGCGCACACCCACAUAUUAUGUUGAUGUGUCGCCGAAACUGACCAUUGGAGAAGAAAUCAUACCUCUCGAUGCUCUAUCCAUCUUUUCCGUCGUUACUAGGCUCAUGGGGGAUUUUCCGCACGACUGGGAGAGACAUCUGAAGGGUAUCGCCAGCCGCGACUAUAAUAUGGUGCAUUUUACGCCACCUGUCGAACGGGGAGAGUCACGCUCACCAUACAGCCUUUACGACCAGUUGAAGUUUGACCCAAAAUUCUUUUUCAACGGUGAGAAAGAUAUCAAGAACAUGACUGAGAAAAUGGAAAAGGAUUGGGGAUUGCUAGGUUUGACGGACGUGGUCUGGAACCACACAGCAAACAACAGUCCCUGGUUGCAGGAACAGCCUGAUGUGGGAUACAACAUCAAAACGGCUCCAUGGUUAGAAUCUGCCCUCGAGCUAGAUACUGCGCUCAUCCAGUUUGGGCUUGAUCUGGAAAAGCACGGCCUUCCCUACAAGCUGAACAAUGCUGGCGAUCUUUCACAAGUUAUUGCCGGGAUGCACAUGCAUGUAAUCAAACCACUCGAGCUAUGGCAGUUUUAUGUCGUAGAUAUUGCCAGCAAUUGCAAGGAUAUCAUGGCAUCUUGGACUAUCGGGAAGACCAAACUGCCAAAGGAGAGCUUCAGCGUAUCUGGUGUCGGCGGCUUGGAAUACGUGAAAGCUUGGUCGUUGAAGGAGAGAGCCGACUUCUUACUGAAGAAUGGCUUUAGUGGUUCGCAGGGUCUGGGACCACGCUAUUACCGUAAAGCUGAUGAUCAGGUCGCCGCUGCAUUAUUGACCGCCUUGUACGGGCGAUUCAGUACAAGGGACGCCAUGGCCGCCAACAAAUGCAUAGUAAAUGUUCUGAACGAGAUCAAUGCCAGGUUUUACGCACAGUAUGAUGACGAUGUAGCUGUUAUGGCGCAACAGAUAUUCGAUCGAGUCAGGUAUUUGCGAUUGGAUGAUGAUGGGCCGAAAUGGGGACCAAUUACCAGAUCAAGCCCAUUUACAGAACCUUAUUUUACCAGGCUGCCUCUGAAUGAUACUACGAGAAAGCUUGAACCCAAGAGAAGAGCUUUGGUGAACAAUGGCUGGAUGUGGGGCGGCGAUGCGCUGAAGGACCAUGCAGGCUCCGAUUCUAGGGCAUACACUCGCCGAGAGAUCAUCGUUUGGUCAGAUUGUGUUAAACUACGUUACGGCAAGACUCCACACGACAAUCCAUUUCUAUGGGAUUUUAUGGCUCAAUAUACUCGCUUGAUGGCGAAGUAUUUCACAGCUUUUCGGAUCGAUAAUUGCCAUUCAACGCCACUGCAUGUUGCGGAAUAUCUGCUCGACCAAGCCCGUAGUAUUAGACCUGACUUGGCUGUGUUUGCGGAGCUAUUUACAGGAUCUGAAGAGACUGACUAUGUUUUUGUCAAGAGGUUGGGCAUUAGCUCCCUCAUCCGAGAGGCCAUGCAAUCUUGGAGCACCCAAGAGAUGAGCAGGUUGGUACACAUGCAUUCUGGCAGGCCAAUCGGCAGCUUUGAGAUUGAGGAGAUCUCACAUCAGGAACGCGACGUGACUGCGAAGUCAAUGUCAGGCAGAAUGAAUGGAGUCGCGCCAACGCGUCAGCAGAGGGUGCAGCGUAUCAAGCAAAGUCCGCUUCAUGCACUGUUCAUGGAUUGCACUCAUGAUAACGAAAUGCCUGCCCAAAAGCGCGAUGCCAGAGAUACACUACCUAACGCUGCCCUCGUUGGUAUAUGCGCUUCAGCUACAGGUAGUGUUAUGGGGUACGACGAGAUCUAUCCGAAGAACGUUAACAUUGUCAAUGACCAACGAAAAUACUCUUCGCUAUAUUCAGAUGCUCCGGUCAAGGUAGGCGCAAAAAGUGGUGGAAUUGGUGGCAUCAAGAAGCUACUAAAUCAACUCCACACAGAGAUGGGCAAAGACGGAUUUGAUGAAACUUUCAUACACCACGAGGGCGAAUACAUAACCGUACAUCGUCUCCACCCCCUAACAAGGAAAGGCUAUUUCAUCGUCGCACACACCGCUUACCCUGGCUAUGAGGAUGGACACGGAGCUCUGGCUCCCGUUCACUUGGGCGGCUCUAGGGCUAAAUUGAUUGGAUGCUGGAGACUGGAUGUCGAUGUAUCGCAAGCAGCGAAAGAAGCCUGUUCUAACGACCUAGAAUUACUUAGAGGUUUGCCCAGUAAAGUUGAGCAAAUGACAGGUAUCAGCAUAGAAGAAGGGGCAGAAGAGACGGUACUGAUUAUGCCAAAAUACUUUCCACCAGGCAGUAUCGCGCUGUUCGAGACGUGGAUACCCAGUAUUCAGCACUCAGAGGGACUGGAUCACUUCGUCCAGUCUGAGGCAGGAAAGGCCUUUGCAGGUGUUGACCUCGUGGAUUUGAACUUGAUUCUUUACAGAUGUGAUGCCGAAGAAAGAGACUCUAGCUUUGGUCAGGACGGAGUUUAUGAUGUUCCAAGUUAUGGGCCACUGGUCUACGCUGGCCUACAAGGAUGGCAGAGCGUCCUCAAGGAUGUGGUCCAUGAUAAUGAUCUUGGUCACCCGAUCUGUAAGCAUUUGCGGGAUGGGCAAUGGCCGCUUGAUUACAUUAUCAAACGGCUUGAUAAAAUCGCAAGUCGAGAAGAUCGGCCCAGUCUGCUGAAGCCCAAAGAAUGGUUGAAGCAAAGAUUCGAUGCCAUACGAAAGAUCCCUAGUUUCCUACUUCCACGGUACUUUGCUCUUGUAAUCCAAAUUGCAUUUACAGCAGCAUGGGAAAGAAGUAUUACCUUGCUGAGUAGCAAUAUCCAAACAAGUCAGAGAUUUAGGCAAAGCCUUGCAAUGACAAGUAUUCAGAUGAGCGGGACAACAAAGUCCGCCUCACUUGUGCCAUCCAAGACUGUCCCGUCUCUGGCUGCAGGGCUUCCUCACUUUUCAAGCAGCUGGGCACGUUGUUGGGGCAGGGAUAUUUUCAUCGCUUUACGGGGCUUGUACCUUGUUACUGGAAGAUAUGAUGAUGCCAGAGAACAUAUCAAAGCUUUUGCUAGUGUCCUUAAACAUGGUAUGAUUCCAAACCUCCUCAGCGACGGACGAGCGCCAAGAUACAACGCUAGAGAUGCUAUUUGGUUCUUCUUGCAGAACAUCCAAGACUAUGUCAAAAUGGCACCUAACGGUCUAGGGAUCUUAACAUUGAAGGUCCAACGCCGCUUUCUUCCCUACGAUGACUCCUACUUUGACGUAGAGGAUCUUCGUGCGUACUCUAUGGAAUCCACCAUUGAGGAUGUCAUCCAAGAAGCUCUGCAAAGACAUGCUACAGGACUCCUAUUUCGAGAGGCAAAUGCUGGUCCAAACCUUGACAUGCAAAUGAAGCCCGAGGGUUUCAACAUACAAGUAGGGGUGGAUUGGGCUACGGGUAUCAUCUUCGGAGGCAACCAAUACAACUGCGGAACCUGGAUGGAUAAGAUGGGUGAGAGCGAGAAGGCUGGCACCAAAGGAAUACCAGGCACACCAAGAGAUGGCGCCGCGAUUGAGUUGACCGGCCUUCUGUACAGUACGCUUAUCUGGGUUGCUCAGCUCAACGAGCAGGGAAUCUACAAGCACAGUGGUGUCAAGACGAGCACUGGAUUAGACAUCACAUUCUCAGAUUGGGCCUCCAGAGUCAAGCGUAACUUCGAGAAAUGUUACUACAUUCCACACGACUCAAGCGACGACGACCAGUACGAUGUCAACUCCUCCAUCAUCAAUCGUCGCGGUAUCUACAAAGACCUAUACAAGUCCGGCAAGGAGUACGAAGACUACCAGCUCCGGCCCAACUUUCUUAUCGCCAUGACAGUCGCAUCAGACCUCUUCGAACCGACUCACGCCCUGCUUGCACUCGAGAUGGCUGAUAAAGUCCUUUGCGGUCCCACGGGCAUGGCAACACUCGACCCGUCAGAUCUCAAUUACCGGCCCUACUACAACAACUCUGAAGACUCGACAGACUUUGCUACUUCGAAAGGGAGGAAUUAUCACCAGGGUCCUGAGUGGUUAUGGCCCACGGGCUUCUUCUUGCGCGCAAUGCUGAAGUUCGAUUUGAUGAGAAGGAAUACGGCGGAAGAGAGGACAGAGGCCUUUCAACAGGUGACGAAAAGAUUAGAUGGGUGCAAGCGGGUGAUUGAGGAGAGUCCUUGGGCUGGACUGACGGAGCUGACGAACAAGAACGGCGAGUUCUGUGCGGACUCGGUGAGUGCGUUGCCUUUUACAAUGAAAGUGUUGCUGACAUGA